ACACUGAAUACGAAAAGCCAUAAAUCAAAAGAAGAAGAAGACUACACGGAAGACAUGGCUAUACGGUGAUAUACCCAUGCCUUUUCCCUAUAGGACAGAACAAAGAAAAAAAAAUUAAGUUGACUUAUAUUUCUGUUUCUCUUUCGUAACUUUUAAAUUUAAUAAUUGAAUUUUGAUUUCAUUGAAGUAAUAAAUAGUUUUAACGUAAUUCAUUUCAGAAACAGAAAAUUGGCGGGAAUAUUCUUUCAAUUACACGAAAUCGGAAGUUUUUAUCAUGGAUAAGAAAAAACAAUUCAAAGCUCCUCCUCCAAAACGGUUUAAAUCAAACGAUGAUGACGACGAAAAUGAAAUGCCCUGUAGUUUUGAAGAUCAGCUCGCAGGAAUGGAGAGUGAAUUCGAUUCGCCACAAAUAUUCGGUGAUGGGCCUGAGAACCAGAGUACAAAUGUGAAGUGGUCAAGACCGGCUCCUCCUGACUUUAACUCUAAAAAGGAUGCAUUAAUUUUUCAACAACUUGAUAUUGAUCAUUACAAUGGACAACCAUUACAAGGUAUGCCUGGAUCCCAGUUAGGUCCUAUCCCAAUAAUGAGGAUGUAUGGAGUUACAAUGGAAGGUAAUUCAGUUUGCUGCCAUGUUCAUGGCUUCACACCGUAUUUUUAUGUAACUGUUCCUACCAAUUUUGAUGAGUCAUCAUGUCACACACUCAAAACUAAUUUAAACAAAGCUGUUCUCGAGGAUCUACGAUCUAAUAAGGAUAACAUUAAGGAAGCUGUUUUAGAAGUCAGAUUAGUGAAAGCAAAGUCAAUAAUGUAUUACAAAGGAGAAAAUAUAAACACCUUUGCAAGAAUAUCAGUUGCAUUACCAAAAUUAAUAGCGGGUUCUAAGAGACUCAUUGAAAGACAACCACCCACAUUUGGUUUAUCUGAUCCCUCAUUUUAUGAAACUAAUAUUGAUUUUGACAUUCGAUUUAUGGUUGAUACAUCUGUUGUUGGCUGCAGUUGGAUAGAACUGCCUGCUGGAAAAUGGUUUAUGAGAUCUAAAAAUAACCAAUCAAAACCAGAAUCUCGAUGCCAAAUCGAAGUAGAUGUUGCUUGGAAUGCAUUCAUAGCCCAUCAACCUGAAGGAGAGUGGCUUAAAGUAGCACCAUUUAGAAUUUUGAGCUUUGACAUUGAAUGUGCUGGUAGAAAAGGUGUAUUCCCAGAGCCAGAUAAAGAUCCUGUCAUCCAAAUUGCCUCAAUGGUAAUCAGACAAGGUGAUAGUGAACCAUAUUUAAGAAAUGUAUUUACAUUAAAUACCUGCGCUCCGAUUGUAGGGUCACAAGUGAUAAGCUUUCAAUCUGAAUCAGAAAUGUUGAGCAAAUGGUCAGACUUUUUCCGUGAGUUGGAUCCUGAUAUCAUUACAGGAUAUAAUAUUAGUAACUUUGACUGGCCUUAUCUUAUAAAUCGUGCUAAACAUUUAAAAGUAGAAAAUUUUGAUUUUUUGGGUAGAAUUAGGAAUAUCAGAUCUGUUAUUAAAGAUUCAAUUUUACAAUCAAAACAAAUGGGUAGAAGAGAAAAUAAAAGUGUAAACUUUGAAGGCAGAGUUCCAUUUGACUUAUUACUUGUUCUUGUCAGAGACUAUAAACUGAGAUCUUAUACAUUAAAUGCUGUAAGUUUCCAUUUUCUUCAUGAGCAAAAAGAAGAUGUUCAUCACAGUAUAAUAACAGAUUUACAGAAUGAGAGUGAGCAAACAAGAAGACGGCUAGCAAUGUACUGCCUUAAAGAUGCUUAUUUGCCACUUAAGCUGUUGAAUAAACUUAUGUGUAUUAUAAAUUAUAUGGAGAUGGCUAGGGUGACGGGGGUUCCUUUACUGUGCUUGUUAACAAGAGGGCAGCAGAUCAAAGUAGUGAGUCAACUUUUACGAAAAGCAAAGGAAGCUGGCUAUUUAAUGCCUGUUCAUCAAGGCCAAGGUUCGGAUGAUCAAUUUGAAGGAGCAACAGUUAUUGAACCAAAGAAAGGUUAUUAUUCUGAUCCUAUAUCCACACUGGAUUUUGCAUCUCUAUACCCAAGCAUAAUGAUGGCACAUAAUUUGUGCUAUACAACACUGGUACCACCUUAUUUACAAAAAGAAAUAAAUGUUAGUUCUGAUGAUAUGACUGUAACACCUACUAAUAACAUGUUUGUUAAAGCUAGUGUCAGAAAGGGAUUACUGCCAGAAAUUUUAGAAUCCUUACUUACAGCAAGAAAGAAAGCAAAAGCAGACUUGAAAGAAGAGAAGGAUCCAUUAAAACGCUCUGUACUUGAUGGACGCCAGUUAGCUUUAAAAAUAAGUGCAAAUUCAGUAUAUGGGUUUACUGGUGCCCAAGUAGGAAAAUUACCAUGUUUAGAAAUAUCAGGUAGUGUCACAGCAUAUGGAAGAACUAUGAUAGAGUUCACUAAAUCUGAGGUAGAAAAAAAAUACACAAAAUCAAAUGGCUACAAAGAAGAUGCCAUUGUUAUUUAUGGCGAUACAGAUUCUGUAAUGGUAAGGUUUGGUGUUAAAACUAUAGAGGAAAGUAUGGACCUAGGAAGAGAAGCAGCUUCAUUUGUAACCGCUCAGUUUGUAAAGCCCAUAAAACUUGAGUUUGAAAAAGUGUAUUAUCCAUAUUUGUUAAUUAAUAAGAAAAGGUAUGCAGGACUUUAUUUUACAAGACCAGAUAAAUAUGACAAAAUGGACUGUAAGGGCAUUGAAACAGUGCGUAGAGAUAAUUCCCCUCUAGUUUCAAACAUGAUGAAUACAUGUCUACAAAAGCUAUUAAUUGAUAGGGAUCCUGAUGGUGCUGUAAAUUAUGCUAAACAAAUUAUAUCUGACCUCCUGUGCAAUCGGAUUGAUAUAUCCCAACUUGUAAUAACAAAAGAAUUAACUAAAAACGAUUAUGCAGCUAAGCAAGCACAUGUGGAACUAGCUGCUAAGAUGACAAAACGUGAUGCAGGUACUGCUCCAAAGUUAGGUGAUAGAGUGCCAUAUAUUAUAUGUAGUGCAGCAAAAAAUACUCCUGCAUACAUGAAAGCAGAAGAUCCUAUUUAUGUGUUGGAAAAUAGCAUACCUAUUGAUUUCAAUUACUAUUUAGAAAAUCAGUUAUCUAAACCACUUCUUAGGAUUUUCGAACCAAUUCUUGGCGAGAAAGCAGAAUCUUUACUUCUGAAGGGUGAACACACAAGAACAAAAGCUAUGGUAACAUCAAAAGUUGGUGCUUUAGCAGCCUUCACAAAAAAGAAAGAGAAAUGUAUAGGAUGCAAAACAGUGAUGCCAAAUGACACCAAAAAAGCAUUAUGUAAUCACUGCUUAAACAAAGAAGGGCAAUUAUAUAUUACAGAGGUAUUUAAGUUGAGACAACUCGAAGAAAAGUUUUCAAAACUUUGGACAGAAUGUCAGAGAUGUCAAGGAAGUUUACAUGAAGAGGUACUAUGCACUAACAGAGAUUGUACUAUUUUUUACAUGAGAAAAAAGGUAGGGAUUGAGUUGGAUUCUCAAGAAAAAUCUGUCUUAAGAUUCGGCGAACCUAUUUGGUGAGAAUGUCUUAGGAUAGGUUUUAAAUUUAAAUAAAUACAAGAAUGCACAAAUAAAAGA